GACGUCACAACAGCAGCACCCACAACAUGUUCUACUCGACGCACCGCGCUCAAUAUGUCUGCACGAGUACACGAUAUCCAAGGCGAACUUCAAGCCAAGUUAUUGCAUAUUUUAACUUUGUAAACCGUCUAUCGAGGCUUGCAGGGCAUUCUCUCAGCCCUAUGUCUACGUUACCUCCAUAACCCCGCGAGAGCGGAUGGUCCGCGUUUAGAUGUAGCAGCGAACUCUAGACGGCUAAACAAUGCAUAGUAUUGCGCAAUGACGCGGACCAAAAGACCGGAGGAUGGGAAUGAAUAAAACAGUCUGCUGGUACCUACCAUUCUUGGUAUUUCGCAGAUCAAGAUACAUCACUACCCUCGUGCAGCCUUGAAGCACAUCUUCUCGGUUCCUUACCGAACGACAUCAAGCACAGACUACCUCCACAAGCACACAAGAACCUGAUCGCCAUACAUACAAUGGAGAAGGAUGCUGAGUCCGGCCGCUUUGGUCGCAUCUCGCACUUCCAACGAGUUCUUCAUCAAGGAGCGCUCAAUGAUGACAUUAUCAACCACCCCUACAGAGGAUCAGGAACUGAGAACGAUCCAUUCCUGGUUACAUGGAUAGACAAUGAUCCUGUCAACCCAAUGAACUACUCGCUGACCCUGAAAUGGACCAUCACCAUGCUCGUCGCGGUUGCAACACUGGCAGUAGCUUUCGUCUCUUCUGCAUACUCUGGCGGUAUUGUUGAGGUCCUGCAAGAGUUCCGUGUAGCGCAGAUCAUCGGCACACUUGGUAUCUCGUUGUUCGUUCUUGGGUUUGCUAUUGGACCUUUGCUGUGGGCUCCUUUGAGUGAACUGUACGGCCGCCAGUACCUCUUCUUUGGUACUUACAUGCUGCUCACUGUUUUCAAUGCCGGUGCAGCUGGUUCCCAAAACAUCGAGACUCUGAUCAUCCUAAGGUUUUUGGCUGGUGCAUUUGGCUCUUCGCCAUUGACCAACGCUGGCGGAGUUAUUGCCGAUAUGUUCCCUGCCAGUCAGCGUGGUUUAGCUACUAGUAUCUUCGCCGCUGCUCCGUUUCUGGGACCCGUUAUCGGUCCAAUUGUUGGCGGUUUCGUCGGCCAAUCCAUUGGCUGGCGCUGGAUUGAAGGUGUCAUGGCAAUCUUCACCGGCGUCCUCUGGCUCACCUGUACCUUCCUCGUUCCUGAGACCUACGCCCCAGUUCUCCUCCGCAAACGCGCCGCCGCCUUGUCAAAGAAGACUGGCCAGGUCUACAAAAACAAGUCCGACGUCGAACAGGGCACAAAGUCCAUCGGCACAGCCUUCAAGACUGCUCUCACUCGCCCCUGGAUCCUACUCUUCCGCGAACCCAUCGUGCUCCUGCUGUCCAUCUACAUGGCCGUCAUCUACGGAACACUGUACAUGCUGUUUGGCGCCUUCCCCAUUGUCUACCAGCAAAGCCGCGGAUGGUCGCAAGGAAUCGGCGGUCUCGCAUUCAUCGGUGUGGCUGUUGGCAUGAUUGCCGCCGUCACAUAUUCGAUCUGGGACAAUAAGCGAUACAACAAUGCCAUCAAAGCCUCGCCUUCUGGCAUCGCUGCGCCUGAAGCUCGACUUCCGCCUGCUCUUGUCGGCUCGGUUGCUAUGCCUAUUGGACUGUUCUGGUUUGCUUGGACAAACUCGCCGAGUAUCCACUGGAUCGUCAGUAUUAUGGCUGGUGCUCCUUUCGGCUUUGGUAUGGUUCUGGUAUUCCUGUCCAUCAUGAACUACCUUAUUGAUGCCUACCUUAUCUAUGCGGCGUCUGUCCUUGCUGCUAACUCGGUACUGCGGUCGCUGUUCGGUGCUGCAUUUCCACUGUUCACUAGCUACAUGUACGCCGACCUGGGCAUACACUGGGCCUCUUCGAUUCCUGCGUUCUUAGCGCUGGCUUGUAUACCUUUUCCUUUCUUGUUUUAUAGGUAUGGUGCUGCGAUUCGAUCGCGUUGCAAGUUCGCUGCGGAAGCUGCAGCAUUCCUGGAGAAGAUGCAACAGACAGGGUAAAAAAAAAGUCGUGUAGACUACAUAUACAGAGAUAGAGUCCGGGCC